AUGGGAAUUUCGGCUAUCAAGGUCAGCACACGCAUAGCUGCUGUCUAUAGCGAAAGAAGAACUAUCACAUCAACCGAUGCGCAAGCAAGAAAGAAGAUUAUGAGCUUCACUACUCAGCAACAUCCGAUCGUCGAGGGAUGGGUUCAUGGGAAGGUCUUGCAUGCAUUCGCUCACUGGACCAUAGAUAUGUGCGCUGAUCUAACUGACCCCAUGCAGCACGCGCUUGCCACCAUUUUCAAGGCGACUGUAGUCAGAGCCUCUCAAGUCCUGAGGUCUCUCGCUGAAAGAUGCGGGUGGCAAGGUCUCUUCGCGUACAAUCAAAUAAGCGAGCUGGAUCUAACAUUUCACGGAAAUUCAAUUGCCGAAGGCGAUACAUUGGUGUUGUGUAUUCGCUUCAUGUCAGAGCUUUUGGGAGGGAAAUUAGAUCUCCCACAGGCGCGGAACAGAUCGUCUCGCUUGGCGCAACGCGAGGAAGACUUACUGGCAGACAUGAAAUCGCGGCUUGAGAGAGUCGGGGGUUAUGAGGAACAUCGUGGCGCUUCAUUUGAUCGUCACAUUCUACCUCGAUGCCGAUUGCUGGCCGAAGCAAUCGGGCAUCGCAUGGCCUAUGAGGCCGCCGAGAACGCGGGGCUCUCGUUGGAUGUACUGUUGUUGUAUGAGCGGAUCUGCCUGUGUGAGGAUUUAGAUCCUAUGCCUGCGCCUGGGCGAGCAGUCCAGGCAUAUGCACCCUCUCGAGCUUCUGAGUCCUACAAUGCAGUCUUGGCCCAGAUCAGAUCGGAAUCUGCUUCACAAUCUGAUUUAGACGAUUACGUGACAGCACCUAUCACUUCUGAUGAAUCGUGGGACUCAUUUAUGAACGGUCUACGUGCGUUCAGAAACCUGGACGAGGUCCCGGCGCUUCCUUCGAAACUAUAA